AUGUCGCGGUGGUUCUUCCCGUGGUCGAGCUCGAUCAAGAAGCGGGCCUGCCGGUACCUGCUGCAGCACUACUUGGGCCACUUCCUGGAGGAGCGGCUCGGGCUGGAGCAGCUCAGCCUCGACCUCUACGCCGGCGCCGGGCGCCUCCGCCGCAUCCACCUCGACGUCUGGUCGGUGAACGAGUUCCUGGAGUCCGUGGGCGCCCCGCUGGAGAUCGUCGACGGCUUCAUCGACAGCAUCGCCGUCACCAUCCCCUGGUCUGCCUUAGUCACCGAGAACUGCACCGUGGAAGUGAGCGGGCUGCAGAUUACCUGCCGGCCCAAAUACCGUGGUGCUGCCCCCGGCUCGGAGUCGCAAAGCUGGGCAUCAUGCAUGACCACAAGCAUGCAGCUGGCCCAAGAGUGCCUGAAGGAGCAGGCUGAAGAGCCGUCCGACACCCCCCAGCCGCUGGAGGGGCUGGAGAUGUUUGCACAGACCAUUGAAACAGUUCUGCGAAGGAUCGAAGUGACCUUUCUGGACACCGUGAUACGUGUGGAGCAUGUGCCCAGCGGUGGAGAGGAGAGCAUGGCCCUCGAAGUCCACAUCAAAAGGUUGGACUACUGCGACGAAGCGGUGAAGGACCCUGGCCAGGCCCUCCCGGUCGACAUCCACCAGCCCCCGCCCUUCGUGCACAAAAUCCUGCAGCUGAGCGGCAUCCUGCUAUACUACGAGGCGUUUGCGGAGGGCAGCGCCCGGGUGCCGUCCCCCGUCCCGGAGGAGGGUGCUGAGCCACGCGACCCCCAAGGGGAAGAAGCCUCCCCCAACUCCUUGCUUCAGAUCGGAAGCUGCUCCGGACACACGGAGAUGAGGAUUAAGCUCAAGCAGAAUGAGGCCUUUCCUGGAGCCAAGCUGGAGCUGGACGGGAAGCUGGGCUCCCUGCACCUGCUGCUCGCCCCCCGGCAGGUCUCGGGUUUGCUGGAUCUUCUCUCUUCCCUGAACCUCUCAGAAUCCGGCCUCCUGCAGAAACAGCUGAGCAAGAGCCGCCCCCUGGACUCGGAGGACCUGAAGCUGAUUGAGCAGGACCUCAGCCAGCAGCUGCAUUCGGGGGCGGGCGGCGCCCCCACGCGCCUGGAGGCCUGCGUCGGACUCGAGAACGGAGAGAUGUUCUUCUCCAUGGCGCCCAUGACGAGCAGCGUGUCGUCCGUGCGCUCCGUCAGCGAGCUGUCCGAGGUCGACCUCGACUCCUCCACCCACAGCGACUUCAGCACCAGCCGCCUGCAGGCUCCGGCCUUCGCUUCGGGGCUGAUCCUGAGUAGCCCCCGGCGUUACGGACGGUCGCCCUUCGCGGCUACCCUGCCAUCCCUCAGCAAGAUGCCCAGUAAGGCCAGCCACCCGCCGCUACCCCCCUCCCUAGAGAGCCAGCGUCCCGAAGUGCUGCUGCGGGUGACGGUCGGGGGGCUCACGCUGACCCUGCUGCAGCCGCCCCCCGGGCCUGCGUCCCCUGACGUCCUGCACCUCCUGCUGGCUCAGCGUUUCUUCACCCACCUCGGGGGCCUGAAGGACUCUGCCUUUGGGGGCCGCGAUUUCCAGCCCCUUCGCCACUGCUUCGAGGAGGCCUGUCCGCACAGCAACGUCCGGCUGACGGGGGCUGCCAUACAGCUCAGCUGUGAGCACAGGGCCUCGGGGCAGCUGCGCCUCCUCAGCUGGGACGCCUCCUUCGGCCUGCUCGAGGUCCUGGAGUGCUUGUGGCCAGGCGGUUCCAGGCCAGCGAAGCCGGAGUACACCGAGUUGCUGGCCUUCGCCACCCCCAGUGCCUUUCCCUACAGCCAGUCGCCUCAGCCCUGCGCCCGCCUCCGCUGCAAGCACACGGAGAAGCUGCCCUCUUCCAAGAGCCGCCUUGCCAAAGCCGCCGCCAAGCAGACCGUGGAGUUGGCGGCCGAGCUGGCGGAGUUCUGCUCCGACGUGGACCUGGCGACCUUCGACCGGCUCUGCUCGGUGCUGCGCUGCGCCACGGCGCCCUCCACGCCCGCCUGGCCGCCUCCCGAGGCCCACUUGGCAGAUCCCGCCCCUGCUGCCCAGUGGCAGGCGAGCGUGCAGCUGGCGGCCCCGAAGGCCACCCUGCGGCUGAAGUUCCCCAUCCCGGACCUGCGCCCGUGGCCCGAGCGGCGGCCCUGGACCCAGAAGGCGGUGCGCAAGGAGAGCUUGCGGCUGGACCUCGCGGGCGCCGAGAUGCGCGUAGAGCUCGGGCCGGCAGGCCUGAGCCAGCUGGAGGUGACCUUCAGCGACCUGCAUGGUGUGUACGAAGACGGCGCGAAGCUCUCGGUGCCCUGCUUCCGGGUCGGCAAAGCCCCAGACCUGUCGGCCAAAGAGGGCGGGAAGAAGUACGUUCUCCCGAAAAUCGCUCUGGCCCUCCGGCCUCGGGCCAGCGGGGCCCUGUGGGACGCAGCCCUGGCCAAGCCGGAAGAAAUGGAGCUCUCGAUGGCAGAAAGCCCCUGCGAGCUGAAGCAGCCGGAGCCGUCGCCCUUCUCGUCCAAGCGGACCAUGUACGAGACCGAGGAGAUGGUGAUUCCUGGAGAUCCCGAGGAGAUGGCGGAGUUCCAGUCCCAGACCCUGGAGGCUUCCCAGUACGCCCUGGAGUUGACCUGCCCCACCAUGCACAUCUUCCUCCCCAGCAAAGAGUUCUACGAGAGCCUCUACAACAGGAUCAACAACGACCUCUUGAUGUGGGAGCCCCUCAGCCCACCCCCCAGCCCCGCUCAGACUCUGGGGGCCGGGGGGCCGAUGGCGGGCACCUUUGCCGGCGAAGGGCCCAUGUCCGUCCGUUGGCCGGAGAACUUCAAGAUGUGCAAAUCGGCCUUUAAACUGGAUUCAGACUCCGAGGAAGAGGAUUCCCACUUCUACUCGGUGGAUGAGGCCGCCGCGCAGCGGAAGAAGGGGGAGCAGACGAGUGCCUUUCCCCAGAGCUGCGUCUCUGUCGUGCUCCGCGUAGGAAAAGGGCGGGUCACGGCUCUGUGCGACGCUAAGGGCGAGGGGGGCAAGAAGCUGGAGGGCUCCCACGGGGAGCUGGUCUUGGACGUGGAGAGCGGCAGCCUCUUCAGCGUCUCGCAGUACAAGGGCCGCGAGGACCUGGGCUACUUCUGCCUCGAGGCCGAGAAGGUCGCGCUGUAUCACAAAGCUGUGGUGGAAGACUACCUCAUGGCCGAGCACCUGGAAACCCCCAACUUCCUGCCCCCUGAGGGUCUGCACCCCACCAUCUACGCCUCUCAGGAGGGCCCCAUCAGCUGGCCCUUGGGGGCCAAGAAGGAGGGUCCCCUGAAGAUGCUUUCCCUGGCAAUUCAGAUCAACCUGGAUUUGGAGAAAAACAUCAAGGAGUUCCUGGUGACGCUGCGCCUGGAAGGCGCCACCAUGCGCCAUCACAUGGCGUUGCCCCAUCAGAGCUGGUACACACAGAUGAUUGACUUCUUAGAUGUUCUGGACGACCCGAUCCUGGGCUUUGCUCCGCCCACAGUCAUCACGGUGCUGCACACUCACCUGUUCAGCUGUGCUGUGGAUUACAGGCCCUUCUACUUGCCCGUCCGGGUCCUCAUCACGGCCGAGACCUUCACCCUCUCGAGCAACAUCAUCGUCGACACCUCCGUCUUCCUCCUCCGAUUCAUCUUGGACGACUCGGCCCUUUACCUCUCCAACAAAUGCGAUGCGGAGACAGGCGACCUGAGGAAAGAUUACGUUUGUGUCGUGGACGUGGACCUCCUGGAGCUGGUGAUCACCACGUGGAAGGGGGCCACGACUGGGAAGCUGAGCCGGCCUCUCUUUGAGCUGCGAUGCUCCAACAACGUGGUCCACGUGCACACCUGCGCGGACUCCUGUGCGGCCCUCGCCAACCUGAUCCAGUACGUGGUGAACAACGGUGACCUGCACCCGCCACCCCGGCACGACAGCCCCACCGAGAUCGCGGGCCAGAAGGUGCAGCUGUCGGAGAGCCCAGCGUCUCUGCCCCCGUGCCCCCCUGCCGAGACGGCCGCCAUCAACCAGCGCGACCUCACAGACGCCCUCAUCGACACGGAGCGCAGCCUCCAGGAACUGGACGGUGACACGGGUGACGCCGGGCUCAGGCGGCAGCCGUCCCCGGUUUCUGUGUAUCUUUUCCCCGGGGAGAACGGAGCUGCGGGCAAGGCGAGAGCCCCCGCCCCACCGCCUGCCCCCGUGGGGGAGGGGCUGGACUUCAGCCCCUCAGAGGACAGCGAGGGCGAGAGCGAGGCCACCGAUGACUUCUGCAUCCUGGACGCCCCGGGCACGGGCAUCCCGCCCCGGGACGGUGAGCCGGUGGUGACCAAGCUCUUGGAAGGCCCCGUCCGCAUCCAGGAGGGGCAUUUCUCCCGCCCGCUGGGCAGCACGGACUUGCUGAAGGCGCCUUCCCACUUCCCCGUGCCCGAGAGCCGGGUCGUGAUGCGAGAGAUCUCGGUCGUCUGGCACCUCUACGGAGGCCGGGACUUUGGCCGCUCCGCCCUGGGCCACGCCCAUUCGCCCAGGGUGAAGCCGCCCCUUUCCAGCACACGCUCCUCCCCCUCCCGCUCCUCCGUCACCAACCGGCCCCAGAACACCUGGCGGGCCCAGGGGGGCACCAGCCGCGUCCACGACCUGCUGAUGGAGAUCCAGCUGACCAAGGUGAGCUUCCAGCACGAGACCUACCCCAGCGGCCCAUCGUCGGAGAGACCCUCCCUGGAGCUGGGGGCGGAGCAGCCCCUGGCCAGGCAGGUCUUCAUCGUCCAAGAGCUGGAGAUCCGGGACCGCCUGGCCUCCUCGCAGAUCAACAAGUUCCUCUACCUGUACAGCAGCGAGCGCAUGCCCCGGAGGGCCCACUCCAACAUGCUCACCAUCAAAGCCCUCCACGUCUGCCCGGAGGCCGGCCUGGGCGGUCCCGAGUGCUGCCUCCGCGUCUCGCUGAUGCCGCUGCGGCUCAACAUUGACCAGGACGCCUUGUUCUUCCUCAAGGACUUCUUCACCAGUGUGGCAGCCAGCAUCAACCCAGUGGUACCCGCCGAGGCCGGCUCUGAAGGCCGAGUGGAGUCCCCCGGGAAGGACCCCGAGGGGGCCGAGAGCGAGAUGGCCGCUUCGAUGGAGACGACCGCCAGCGAGAACAGCUCCCUGUCCAACGCCUCUUCUUCUUCCUCCGACCAGCCCAUUUACUUCCGGGAGUUCCGGUUCACCUCCGAAGUGCCCAUCUGGCUGGACUACCAUGGCAAGCACAUGACCGUAGACCAGGUGGGGACCUUUGCCGGCAUCCUCAUUGGCCUGGCCCAGCUCAACUGCUCCGAGCUCAAGCUGAAGCGACUGUGCUGUCGACAUGGGCUUCUGGGCGUGGAGAAGGUGGUGAGCUACGCCCUGACCGAGUGGCUGACCGACAUCCGGAAAAACCAGCUUCCGGGCAUCCUGGGAGGCGUGGGGCCCAUGCAUUCGGUGGUCCAGCUCUUCCACGGCCUCCGUGACCUCUUCUGGCUCCCCAUCGAGCAGUACCGCAAGGACGGGCGGAUCAUCCGGGGCCUGCAGCGCGGGGCGGCCUCCUUCGGCACCUCCACCGCCUCGGCCGCCCUGGAGCUCAGCAACCGCCUGGUGCAGGCCAUCCAGGCCACCGCCGAGACCGUCUACGACAUCCUGUCCCCCACGGCUCCCCCCAUGACGCGCACCCUCCUCGACAGGAAGUACAGCCGCAAGCUGAGGCGGGGCCAGCAGCCGGCGGACCUGCGCGAGGGCGUGGCCAAGGCCUACGACACGGUGCGGGAGGGCGUCCUCGACACAGCCCAGGCCAUCUGCGACGUGGCGGCCCGCGGCCACGAGCAGAAGGGCAUCACGGGGGCGGUCGGAGGGGUGCUGCGGCAGAUCCCGCCCACGGUGGUCAAGCCGCUCAUCGUGGCCUCGGAAGCCACCUCCAACCUGCUCGGCGGGAUGCGCAACCAGAUCAAGCCCGACGCCCGCAAGGAGGAGUCGCUGAAGUGGCGCUCGGAAGAAGCCCAGGAAUGAGGGGAGCGCCAGGAGUCGGGCCGCCUCCCUGUCCCGCUUCAGACAUUGCGCCGGCAGCCGCCUCUGCCCCCGUCCCUCCGCCGGUCUUACCAUGUAAAGAACCACGGAGAGGAAGGCGCGGACGAAGAGGCGGCAUCGUCCGAAGUCCCGGGGUCGGCGAGCCGCCCGAACCCCGCAAGCACACUGGGCGCCACGGAGCUGCCGCCGCCUGGCCUGGCCUGUAUUUUUGUACUUUUCAAGACUGUACGCCUGCCAACCGUUUGGUGCAUGACCUGCAGCCGCGCGCGCUCUCCUCCGUAAAGCAUUAUUGGGGGU